GGAGCAUCUCUAUCGUCGGCACCAGCUACCCAAAUCCCAGUGCGGCAGAUGCCAGGAGAGGUUCAUAAACGAGUCUGGGUUACUAAAUCAUCAGCUUCAGCCCGAACCAUGCAAGGCCGAACCGAAAGAACCAGAUUGGAUCAGCCAAGAGCAAGUAAAUAUGCUGAGAAACCAAAGAAACAGAUCCGCUAGUCAAGAGGAUAAAUGGCGUGACAUGUAUAAGAUCCUCUUUCCAGAAGAAGAGAUCGCCCCCAACCCUUGUGAGUAUUUCCAGUCUCUAUUCCUUAAGCAACGUUGCUGACCGUACCAGACUAUACCUACGAGGAUACCAAUUCCAUGGUUCCUGAUGGCUCUUCGGCUCUAAGAGAGCGCCUGGUGGAUCCAUCUGAUCUGGACGCAAAAGACUAUUUAAAUCUAUUUUCCAACAAGCACAAACAGAUUAUAAGCGUAUCAGAUACUUCCCCAGACUUUGCCUUGACCCCGGCAAGACGUCAGCAAUCGCCGCCGGGGAAAGGAUAUAGGCCAAGAAAGAGAGGAAAGAGAAGAAGGGACUCAGAAGAGCAGGACAACAGGGGCAACGACGGGGAUGACGGCCACACCCCCAGAAAGGGUGCACGUGGCGACUGGCCUAUCCGCCAUGGCGAGGAAGAAAGGCAACGGGACAGCCUCUUGGCUUGUCCCUUCUACAAGCUUGACCCCUAUAGGCACUAUCGGUGCCUGGAGAAGCACAAAUUGAAGCGGCUCGCCGACGUCAGGCAGCACAUCAAUCGGGCCCACGUCGUCGGGGAUCAUUACUGUCCAACGUGUUGGGCCAUUUUCCCGACAAAGGGCACUCUUGACUCUCACGUUCGCGCCGGCAACUGCCCGGGCGUGCCAGAACUCACAAAGAUUGGCAUUGAUAACCCCAUUCUUCAUGGCCUUCUCCCUGAAGAAGCCGUGCGUCUUGCUGUGAUCCCGAGACUCCCUACCGAGACGGACAAGUGGUAUUGGAUGUGGGAUACACUCUUCAGCGAGCAUCCGCGGCCGGCGUCGCCCUAUGUCAUGGAGGGCAUCGCUGAACCAAUGGCACUCCUGGCUCGCGACGGUGAGCACAGGCUGCAGGAGAAUCUGCCCGCUUUGCUGCAAGCGCACAAUAACCCGUCGGACCCGGAGAGCAUGGCGAAGCUUGCGUGGGACAUCACUCGCGUCUUUUGCGAUAUCCCCACGCCUGCGUCGCAUUCCUCUUUUCGGAAAUUCCCCACCGAAAAUACCGACGGAGGCACCAUGGAAGCUCGCGACAAGCGGGCGGUUCCUGUCUAUGCCCCUCCGAGUGCCCCCUAUGCCCCUCCGAGUGCCCCCCAUGCCGAGGCUUCCCUCAGUGACGCAGUCGAUAACAAUCUGUUACGUCCGUUGAAUUUGGGAUUCUAUGCCCUCGAGGGUGCCGAGGAACCCUACUUUGCGUCGCAAGACUUUUUUCCUGUCGUCGAGUCUUCUCGAUUGGAGCCAGGGCUCCAAUUUCACAACGACAGCCUUGACAGAGCUGGCAAUAACAUACUCGAUUUUCUUUUAGAUGAGCCGGCGUAUGCCGCACUUGACGAUGCUGACCCGUGGGCGGAUUAAGCUUAUCUGAGGGUAUCUCCAAACGCCGGACCCAGACCGGAAGGUCCAGGAUCUUCGGGAUCUAGGUCAGAUGGCCGGACAGCCGGCCCCAUGAUUCCAAGGGCCUCCAGCAGCCACUGUCACAGUCGUCUAUGGAAGACUGGCUCUUACAUCAUCAUUACAUAGAAAU